AUGAAGACUGCAGUGUUGGCCUUGGCUCUGCUGCUGCUUCAGUCCCAGGUCAUUCCAGGGCACAGUGAAAAAUGCUGGAAUUCUCUUGGUUCCUGCCGUGACAGAUGCUUUAAGAAGGAAAUGUUCUACAUCUUUUGCUGGAAUGGCAAACCAUGCUGUGUGAAGCUCAAGAAUUGGACUCCUGUUAAUACGUGGAAGCUGGUCCUCACUGGGAUGGGAGAGGAAAUGGGUUUGGCAUCUGGUCGACAGUAUUUGGAGGGAUGGAGCAGCCUGGGCUUCGGUGAGGCUAAGCGGCCGGAGAAACAGAAAGCGUGA